UCCAGUUUAUCAAUUUAUCCAGUUUUCAGUUUUUUUCUUAUAUUUUUGGAGUCCUGUCUCUGACCCCAAAUCACAAAGAUUUUCUUUGCUUUCUUUUAUAGUUUGUUUGUUUCUUUGUUUUCCCCAGAAACAGGGUCUUGCUCUAUCACCCAGGCUGGAGUGCAGUAGUAUGAUCAUAGCUCACUGCAGUCUCAAACUCCUGUGCUCAAGCAAUCCUCCUGCCUCAGCCUCCCAAGUAGCUAGGACUACAGGCACAAGCCACCAAGCCCAGCUAAUUUUUUUUUUUUUUUUUUUUUUUUGAGACGGAGUCUCGCUCUGUUGCCCAGGCUGGAGUGCAGUGGUGCCAUCUCGGCUCACUGCAAGCUCCGCCUCCCGGGUUCACACCAUUCUCUUGCUUCAGCCUCCCGAGUAGCUGGGACUACAGGCACCCACCAUCACGCCUGGCUAAUUUUUUAUAUUUUUAGUAGAGACAGAGUUUCACCGUGUUAGCCAGGAUGGUCUCAAUCUCCUGACCUCGUGAUCCGCCUGCCUCGGCCUUCCAAAGUGCUGGGAUUACAGGUGUGAGCCACAGUGCCCGGCCUUGAGUUAAUUUUUAUAUGAGUGUAAAGUGGGGAUUCAUUGUUUUGCAUGUGGAAAUCCAGUUGUCCCAGCACCAUUUGUUAAAGAUAUUAUUCUUUACUCAUUGAAUUAUUUUGGCACCCUUGUCAAAAAUCAAUUAACCAUAGUGUGAAGGAUUUUUCCCUGGACUCUCAAUUUUUGCAUAUGUACUCAUAAGAGGUUGGUCUGUAGUUUUCUUAGGUUGUUUGUCUGGAUUUGGUAUCAGGGUAAUACUGCCCUCAGAGAAUGAGUUGUUACCUUUUACUUUAACCUACUUGUAUCCUGUUAUAUUUAAUGUGAGUUACUUAGUUAAAGACAGCAUAGAAUUAGGUUUUUAUAAUCCAGACUGAUAAUAUGUCUAAUUGGCGUGAUGAGGGCAUUUAUGUUUAAUGCAACUGUUGAAGUGUUUGGCUUUAGAUCUACCAUUAUGUUGUUUUCUGUUUGUUCCCUGUUUUCCAUUGCUGUUUCUUCUUUCCUUUUUUCCUUCCCUCCUAUCUCUCCUUCUCCCUAUACACACACACUCCCCCCCCAACACACACACACAUAGUGGUUGUUCUAGGGGUUCUAAUACACAUACUUUUUUUUUUUUUUUUUUCUGGAGAUGGUCGCUCUUGUCGCCCAGGUUGGAGUGCAAUGGCACAAUCUGGCUCACUGCAACCUCUGCCUCCCGAUUUCAAACGAUUCUCCUGCCUCAACCUCCCGAGUAGCUGGGAUUACAGGCAUGCACCAUCACACCUGGCUAAUUUUGUAUUUUUUAAUGGAGACGGGGUUUUGCCAUGUUGGUCAGGCUAGUCCCAAACUCCUGACUUUAGGUGAUCCACCCACCUUGGCCUCCCAAAAUGCUGGGAUUACAGGCGUGAGCCACCCUGCCCGGCCAAAUACACAUGCUCUUACAGUCAAUUUAGAAUUAAUGUUUUGCCAUUUCAAGUAGCAUGUAGAAACCUCACUACCAUCUAGGUCCCUUCACCCUCCUCCCCUCAUGUUCUAGUUGUCUUAAAUCUAUAUACAUUGAAGCCUCCAUCAGACAGUAUCAUGACUUUUAAUUCAGCCAUCACAUAACUCUUAAAGAAGUAAAGAAUAGUUUCAUAUUUAUGUGGACUUUUGCCAUUUAUGAUGUUCUUCCUGCAUUCCCAAAGUUUUGAAUUUCCCCCAGUAAUCUCCUCUGUCUGAAGAACUUGGUUUAACAUUUUUUUAAAGCAGAUUCUUUGGUUAUGAAUUUCCUGAGCUUGCCUUCAUUUGAGAAUGUCUUUAUUUCACUUCAUUCUUUUAUUCCAGUAAAAUAGAAAUUUUUACUGGAUAUAGAAUUCUUGGGUGACAAUUAUUUCAAAACUAAAAAUGUUCCACUUCUUUCUGGCCUUUGUAGUUUCUGGUGAAGAUCCAGCCUUUCAAAGAAUUGUUCACCUGAAUGAAAUGUAUCAUUUUUCUCUGGCUGAUCUUAUUUUUCUUAGUCUUUAGUUUUCAGAAGUUUCUUUAUGAUGUGUCUAAGCUUGGACUUUUGUUGUUAAUUUAUCCAGUUGUGUGGUUCACUGAGCUUCAUGGCUUGUAAGUUUAUAUCUUUUUCCAAACUAUCAUCAAAUUUAUGGACUCCAUCCUUUGUCAUUUCCAUUCUGUUUAAGAAUAUUCACCAACCCUUUCUGAAGGCUGGUUAUAAAUAGCUGCUUUAAAGUCUGUAUCUGAUCAUUCCAAUAGUCGAAUCAUCUCAGGAUGGGCAUGUAUUGAUCAUCAUCUUUUCUCCCAUGUUGAGAUUUUCCUGGUUUUCAUACUCUUGGUUAUUUUGGGUUAUAUCCUGGAUAUUUUAAAUAUUAUGUUGAGACUCUGGACCUUGUUUAAAUCCUAAGCAGAAUGUUGACUGUUUAAAGUGUUUGCACUACUAGUCACAUUAGUCCUGUGUCUACACCGGUCAGUCUGGGACCUGCGAUGUGCAUCUAGGGUCAGCCCUGUGCGCAGCUUGGCAGCAAGCCGAUGAGUUCACAUAUCACUUUAUUGGAUCACUCACUUCAUCUCUCCCUUCUCUGUACUCUUCCUGAAACACAACAGCUCCCUGCGACAUCCCUUCCAAGACCUCCAGCCACAAAUAUGGGGCUCUUUCCCUACCCUGCUGCAUACUCCCUGAAACUGCAUCCAGGGCCCAGCACAGGGGCAGAAAGGAGCCGCAGAAGGCGGUUGCCCCAUGCUUUUGGGGCCAUGGCUCCACUAGGCAGAGGGUAGCGUUACCCUCUCAGAUUUCAGGUGCCUACCCAACUCACACUACCAUCACUGUGCCACCACUGCCACCUCCAUGUUACUGCCCAGGAGCUGGGGUAGAGAAUAAAGGAAAAAUUGGAGGGAUUCCCCCAACUCACUGACCUCGAGGGGCUUCACGUCCCACUCCUCUGAUUCUUCCUGGAGCUCUUUCUGUUGGUGCACUUGAGGUUUCAAGCCGCCUGUGUGUCCAGGCUAGGCAAUACUGGUUACCUCACCACUUCUCUGCGGAACUUUGAAUCUGAUCUCCUUUUCUCAUCUGCCUACUGACAGCUGCUCCUGCAUCUGUCCAGGAUUGGUGGCUGUCAGCGGGAGAGACAUGGGAAGAUGCUCCCUCCACCUUCCUGGGACCACCUUGUUGACUCAGCAGCCUUCCUCGCGGCCCACCAUGCCAUGCCUUCCUGGAUGGAGGCCCCGAGGGUGGCUUUUGGUUUUCCUACCCCUGUACCCCUCCAAGAAAGCUCUGGCACACUGCAGAGGCCAGCAACUACUUGUCAAAUGAAUCAAAGGAGAGUCAAGCUGGAGCCAAGGGUCAGAAGCAGGGGCUUGCUUCCCCGAAGUCCAGCUCUUCUCUGGGCUCCCCUUUCCUUUUUGACACCUCCUGCUUGGUUGGCAGUGAGGUCUCCCAGGUCUGGGGGAUCCUUGCCACUGCUUCUGCACCCAGCCCUGGCUAAGCGGCCUUGUUCUCAUCAAAGCUGCUGAGAUCUGCAGGGUACUCAGCUUCUACUUCCACUCCUACACAGCUGCAAGUGACUUGAAACUAUGACCAUGCUUCAAAGUCUCCAGUGAUUCCCACUGUGUUGGGACACAAAGCCCACCUCUCUGCCAAGUGCCCCUGAUGGUCGCUGCCCCAGCUUGUUUGCUUUCUGUAGGGCUUGGGUCUUUGCCAACCCCUCUACCUGAAUUGCUCUCCCUGUAGGACUCAUCAUAGCUGAGGCCUUUGCACUCCGCUCUUUCCACUCACAUGUCACCUCAGGGCUGUCCCUGGCCUCUCCUUUCCCAUCUCUCCCAGUACAUUAUGGUCCUCCCUUCCUAGCAUCUGGUGCUAUCUACGGUAGGCAUGUUUAGCUGCUGGUACGAUCCCUCCUCCACUGAAAUAUGGGCUUCAUGUCUGACCCCUGUAGGACUGCCAGAGCCUGGUCCUCAGUCAUGUUUAGUUGGGCUAGUGAGUCAACUCUUUUGGUCAAAGGGACAAAAGCAGAUGAGGAGACGUGGCUUCAAUCAGGAUCAGUGUGGAACAGUGAGACCUGCGCAUGGCACUGCUAGGAGGGAUGGGUUCCACCUGCCAGCCUUGGGGGUCCCGGCAGCCGACAGGACUUUGCCCACUGGGACUUGUGUGCCAACCUUUGGGUACAGAGCCUCAGCUUCACAGGCCCCAAGCCAGGAGCCCCUCCCCAGGUGGGCCAGCAGGGAUGGAGGGAGGCCUGUCGAGGGUUUCUUGUACACUCAGAUCCAAGUCUCAGAGUGGUGUCCCUCUGCUGGCCUCUCACCUACGCUCUCCUGUUAUCAGAAGUGUUGCAGGUCACAGUGUGGUCACUGGGGUGGGAGGAGGUGGGAGGCCCUGGGUGGGGCCCAUGCCCAAGGGUCUGGCCACAGCCCCUUCAUUAGGGCCCCCCCAACUGUUACUUUAUUGCUCAUUGUCUCUUCCCUGCCCUGGUGGCCCUCAUCCCCCCAACCUGAAUGCAGAAGUCUUGGUCCUGGACUCAACUCCAUGCCACCCUUCAGCCUACGUUGUGGGUUCCUGCUAAGCGGAGCAUUUACCUAACAAUCAAGACUUCUGACAGUCCUCAGUCCUACCCCCAAACCCCCUUGGAUUUCUCCUUUUCAAGGUGGUUUCAGCUAGGAGGGUGAGCGUGGCUUGGGUGAGGGCAGAUAGGGUGGGAGCAUGUGGCAUGUAUGGAUGAGGCCUUGACAAAGGGACCCCAGAGGAAAGACAGGGGCCCUUUCCCCCUUUGUCCAGGAAACCCGGCUCAGCCCCAGCCCUUGCCCAUUCUGCUGCUGCUGCCUGGUACUUUCCACAAGGCCAGACUCCUCUCCGCAAAGCUGUGGCCUGCACCAGCUCCUCUGGCUCUCCUCCUCUGCCUGCUGAGGGCCCCCUCCUAGCCUGGCUGCCAAUCACAGGAUAAAGGGGUUGGGAUUUUGUUUGUGCCUCUGUCUGAGUAGAGAAUGGCUGACGAGGCCACUGAGCCUUGCCCUGGAGAGCCCCUCUGUCCCUGCUACCCCCAUCUCCCCUGGCCCAGACUUGUCUGCCCUUCAUGCCCAUACCUGACCAGCAGCCCCACUCAGUCUGGGCUCUGGGUGCCAGCUGGUUAUGGACAUGCCACCUGAACCCAGGCCAGGAGCUGGUGGAUGCGUGGGGCUAUUUUAAGCACAGCUUCUUGGCCUGCACACUCCCCUGGCCCCCAGCAGCUCAGCUACUGGUCACCUGCCACCGCCUGGAAUGCUGAUUGGCAGUUGGCUGGGGUGGGGGCUGGGAAGACACUAUUAUAAAGCUGGGAGUGUUGGGAAGCAGCCAUCCCCGUCCAGAGUCCUCUGUGGUCCCUGCUGCCACCAUGGCCACUCACCGCCUCGUGAUGGUCCGGCACGGCGAGAGCACAUGGAACCAGGAGAACCGUUUCUGUGGCUGGUUCGAUGCAGAGCUGAGUGAAAAGGGGACCGAGGAGGCCAAGCGGGGAGCCAAGGCCAUCAAGGACGCCAAGAUGGAGUUUGACAUCUGCUACACGUCGGUGCUGAAGCGGGCCAUCCGCACCCUCUGGGCCAUCCUGGACAGCACGGACCAGAUGUGGCUGCCUGUGGUGCGCACCUGGCGCCUCAAUGAGCGGCAUUAUGGGGGCCUCACAGGCCUCAACAAGGCGGAAACGGCCGCCAAGCACGGGGAGGAGCAGGUGAAGAUCUGGAGGCGCUCCUUCGACAUCCCGCCGCCCCCGAUGGACGAGAAGCACCCCUACUACAACUCCAUUAGCAAGGAGCGUCGGUACGCAGGCCUGAAGCCCGGGGAACUGCCCACCUGCGAGAGCCUCAAGGACACCAUUGCCCGGGCCCUGCCCUUCUGGAACGAGGAGAUUGUUCCCCAGAUCAAGGCUGGCAAGCGAGUGCUCAUUGCAGCCCACGGGAACAGCCUGCGGGGCAUUGUCAAGCACCUGGAAGGGAUGUCAGACCAGGCGAUCAUGGAGCUGAACCUGCCCACGGGGAUCCCCAUUGUGUAUGAGCUGAACAAGGAGCUGAAGCCCACCAAGCCCAUGCAGUUCCUGGGUGAUGAGGAAACGGUGCGGAAGGCCAUGGAGGCUGUGGCUGCCCAGGGCAAGGCCAAGUGAGGGGUGGGCUUCGGCAAUAAAGGCACCUCCCCCCACA